GGAAGAGAGGAUGGCAGUUGCAGCCAAAGUUAUCGGAGCUGUUCGUCUGGGGCUGGUGGACAUCGGGGUUGUGAUUGAAGAACUGAAUACAGAGGAAAUGCAACAAGAUCCACAGAUUCACAUGCUGGUGUAUGAAACGCUAAUCUAUAACAACGCUCCUUUACGUAACUCCAAAUUUGCAGAGGAGAAAAGUAAACCACGAUCAACAAGCCCGGUUCUCAUUGCAGUUCAGCCUAAGGUGCAGAUGCAGUAUUUUGAUGUUCAAGCCAAAAAAUGGAAGCCUUUGGCAUCCACAAUACCAGUCGAAGCAACUCAGUGCUAUUCUGCAGUUUCUGUUGGCGGCAGCAAUAUGUUUGUUGCCGGAUUUGACUCCUCGGGUUUUUGCAUUUUUCAGUAUGGCACAGAAGGAAAUGUGUGGGAAAGGCUGCCACACUCAUGUGGUGCAAUCAAUAACUUAUGUGUUAUUGAUGAUCACAUGUAUGCAAGUAGUGCUAUUUCAAAUCAAGUUCCUCAAAGAUACAGCUUUGCCAAACGUCAAUGGCAGAGUAUUGCACUAGUAGGUACAAGAGGUAGUAAAUAUUGCCCCGGCAAAAGUGGAGUAAUAAUCCAUUCAAAAUUAUUUGUACUUUAUGAAAAUAGAUGGCAGUUGCCAUCUGAGUAUUUUUCCCCAGCAGUACUAAAUUGUUUUGAUCCAGUAAAGAAUGAAUGGGAAGUGAAAGCAAAAACCUGCCAGCCUCACUUUGGAUCCAGUCUUAUUGUAGUAGACAAUAGACUGUAUGUUUUGCAGAUUAAAUAAGGAGUUCUAUAGCAAGUGUCGAAAUCGUAGAACACGUUUCACAUAGACUAAAAGU